AUGGGGAGCGAGGAAGACGCGGACAACAGCAACGCGGCGCGCUACGCCGAGCGCGCCGAGCACGUGGACAUGCUCCGCGCGACGCAGGAGGAGCUCGCGACCAAGAUCAAGGAGCUGCAGCUCUACGAGGGCAACUACGUCUCGCUCAAGAAGGACCUCGCGCGCUGGAAGAAGAAGUUCGAGUACGUCUUCCGCGAGAACGAGCUGCUGGCGCUCGAGACGGGGAAGCUCGACGCCUCGCACAAGCAGAUCGCCUUCCUCCAGCAAGAGCUCAAGUUCAAGGAGGAAGAGGGCGCGGCCUUGCGCGGGCUCGUGAGCGCGCUCGAAGCCGCGACGAAGAAGCAGCGCAAGAAGCAGCUGGACGCGGCCAAGGCGCGGGACUCUGAGCUCGAGGCUGUGGCUGCGCUCGCGGCCGAGCGCAAGAGCAAUGAAGACGUCGACAUGGCGCUCCAGACCGAGCGCCAGGCGCGGCAGGACGAGCGCGCGCGCGCUGACGCGGAAAUUGCCGCGUUGAAAGCAGAGAACGCGCUCUUGCUGAGGGACGUGGACCGGAAAGACGACGAGCUGCAGCGGCUCGAGGAGCAGUUGAGUGCGCACAAGAAGCGCAUCGACGGGCUGCAGAGCGCGCUCGAAGAGGAACAAGCCGCGGGCAUGACGCGGCUCAAGGAGAAGCAGGACAAGGUCGUGCUCUUGGAGAAACAGAUGCAGCAGCUCAUGGUGCGACGCCGCUCGAGUGUUGCUGCGGCUUUGGCGCAAGCAGAGGAGCUCGGGCAAGACACGAUUGGCUUUGGCCCCGUGCAUCGACGCAAAGCCAGUCAAAUCCAUGAAGGUGAUGAGAACGCGAGUGACAAAGACGGCGAGGAGGACGAGCCGGAUACGCCACCGGGCACGCCGCCGCCGAUCUCGUCGGGUGGGUUGCUCCCGCCGGAAGAUCCGACGGCGGAUCAGACGAUUCGAGACUGGACGGAAGACCGGAAGAUCCAGUCGGCGCGCAGCUACGAGGAAAUGCUCGAUCUCGAUCGACUGGACGAGCUGAUUCGGAAACUGCCGUAUGAACACCAGGAAGGCGCGAUGCGCGUACUCAUGGGGGCUCUGGAUCCUGAUACGAGGGAUGAACCCGUGAAUGAGUCGCAGAUUGUGCUGCGACACUUGUCGGCGGAACGUCAGGCGGAGCUGCGGGAGUUCCUCAUGCCACUGUUGAAGGCGCACCCGGCACUGCGCGUCUCGUACUCGACGAUGGAGCGUCGUACGCUCGUGACGGACGUGCGCAUUCAGAUUGAACGGCGUCGGGACUCGGUCUUGGGUGGCUUCGUGCCUGGUGAAAAGCGGUUCGGCAAGGACCACAUGUUCUUGGGCCCAUCGGCGGACGACGAGAGCAAGCUUGUGCCGCACAUGCCUCGUACUAUCAGCACGAGCAACAAGGCGACGUACGUGUCCAAGCCUAAACACCUGAAUGGUCUCGUUAGCGUUGCCGCUUCGUCGCCUCUCGAGAGAGGGAGCGAACAUACGGAAGACAUGGACACCUCUUCCGAGUCGGCGGAUACGCCUACUAUUGCAGAGGCAAAACGAAAGUGGGGUGGGCUCAAUGCUGCCAAGUUUAUAGGCACGAUGGCAGCUGGGGCCAAGCAGCGCGUGGCGGCUACCUUCAAAAACGCCAAGUAUAGACACGAAGGCACAUCGUGCCAGUUCUGUAAGAUGACGCCUAUCGUGGGAGACCGGUACUCGUGUGCCACUUGUGUGGGCUUCGAUCUCUGCGAGAACUGCUACUCGCUUGGAGGUCACGGCAUGGAAAACUCGGACGAGUUAUUCUACCGCGUGCAGGAGCUAGUGCUUGUACGUUGUCCUCGCCUGAACGAGGAAGUGGAUCUGCUUGAGUUGAUGCGGUUUGAGAUUUGUCGCUCCAACCUGCGCAAAUUCAGCUUUUGUCUCAAUUGGCUGGCCGACAUUGUGAACGGCAAAACAUCACGAGAUUUGCAGGCGCGUGCGUUGGAAAUUCCGAGCAUUCGGCGUGAUGUCCGUAAGGUGUUUGUGCCUCUGCUGAUGCGUGUAUGCAGUGACCGAGAAGAUAUUGAGGUCAAGACCGAGUGGGAGCUCGAGGAUGAUAAUCAGGCACCAGUCCGCAGCGUGAAUGGCGGAGUAAGUGAAGGCGACGGUCGCUUUCUCGAAACACUGCGGAUUUGGGUGGCGGAUCAGUACCGGACCACAUCGCCCUUUGUGGAACGAAGUCUUCUUAAGUAUCGGGAAGGCGAAGAAGGUGAGGACGGUAGCGAAGACGGUGAUGGUAGCGAUGGUGGGCAUCCGCCUGACAAUGAAGGUCAAGCUGACGAGCCUAAUGGCGUCGCAAGCAAUUCUGCGGAAGAAACACUUGGCAGUAUUGAAGGACCCAGUAGUCAGCCAGGGUUUGUCGAGCGCAGUCGCAUUCACAGCGACCAGUUCUAG